AUGUCUGAUGAUGAAGCCGACCCCGAGCUCCUAGAGCUCCUCCGCCAGUCCCUCGGUCUAGGCAAGAAGAACGGCCCGCCGCCAGCACCAGAAACCAAAGUGCUGCAAAACGCGCGCUUCAUCUUUGACAACGCGAUUGACGUAGCCCUAGAUCCGCGCAGCACAAAGGCCGCCGCGCGGACGAUAUGGCAGCAAAUGCAGGAGAAACAUUACUCGACCAAGUCGUGGUCGGCGCAUGAGCUGCAUCCAAAGUCAAAAGAUGAGGGCACGGUGGAUUUCAUCUUGACGAUGGAUCUGCUUAAUUUCAGUUUCUGGUCGGACGAGACAGACGAGAGUAAGAGGUUUGCCAUUGAGUAUCGCGGGCAGAAAUGGACUGGGUACUGGAGUUUAGUAGCUGCUUUGCAAAGGGCGUUGGACGAGGAUAUACCCAUCACAAGCCCCGAUUUCUGGCUCGAUGAGGAUGCCUUGACAGAAGACGUCCUGAGACACGUCUUCCGGUCUGCCACAGACGAACAAAUCCCUCUGUUCGAGGAGAGACUAGAAUGUCUCCGCGAAGCUGGGCGGGUGCUUGACGAGAAAUUCGACGGCAGUUUCAUCAACUGCAUCUACGACGCUAAUCAAUCUGCUGCCGCAUUGGUAAAUCUGCUAGCCGAGAAUUUUGCUUGCUUCCGCGACGAGGCAUUGUUUGAUGGGCGCAAAGUACGCUUUUACAAGCGUGCACAGAUCCUGGUAGCUGAUUUAUGGGCUUCUUUUGAGGGGGAGUCGUUCGGCGAGUUUCACGAUAUUGAGAAUAUUACCAUGUUUGCCGACUACCGCAUUCCCCAGAUCCUCAACCAACUGGGCUGUCUUCUCUACUCGCCCCCUCUUGAAAGCCAGAUUCGACGACUGCAGCCUAUCGAAGGAGGCUCAACCCGCGAGAUUGAGAUCCGCGGUGCCAGUAUCUGGUGCGUUGAACUGAUCAGACAAGAAAUCAAUCGUCUGCAUUCAGAAUCACAGACAGCCACCAAUUCCUCACGGCACUCGCUUGACAUCGACCGCAACGGCCAACAAAUCAGCAAUCUCGAAGCAAAGACAGCAGCUAUGACAAUAUCAGACGGCAAAACUCAGGAUGAGAAUGAGAAUGGGAAUGGGAACUCACGGGUGAAUGCCAUUCUCAUUGAUUUUUUCCUCUAUGAUACGAUGAAAGAAUUAGAGAGGGAUGGUCGCGAGACUAUUCCCCACCAUCGAACGAGGAGUAUUUGGUAUUAA